AUGGCAAUGCAGGAAGCGAACGCUUCUCCUAGUCCUCAAGUUGUUGGGAAUGCUUUUGUGGAGCAAUAUUAUCAUAUUCUGCAUCAAUCCCCUGACUUGGUGCAUAGAUUUUAUCAGGAUUCGAGUCUCUUAAGUAGAUCAGACAGCAACGGUGUGAUGAAGACCGUAACAACCACAAAAGCAAUCAAUGAAACAAUUGUUUCCCUGAACUAUGAAGAUUGUACUGCGGAAAUAAAAACCGCGGAUACUCAGGAGUCCCAUGAGAAUGGUGUGAUAGUUUUAGUAACUGGAUGCUUAACGGGAAAGGAUAAUGUGAGAAGGAAGUUCUCACAGACAUUCUUUUUGGCUCCACAAGACAAAGGAUAUUAUGUUUUAAAUGACGUUUUUAGAUAUAUUGACGAGAAUGAUGCCCCGCAGUUAAAUUCUGCUUCAAUAAAUGUCACCAAUGAAAAUUCCGAGGCAAUUCACGUACCGGAGUCAGAGGAUAUGCACCCUUCCGAACAUCUUGUGGAAGACCCUGCAACAUCUGUAGAGGGUGAAAACUUUAAUAGUGUUGCCGAAGUUUAUCACCCUCAGGAAACCAAGGAAGAUGGGUCGGUUAUUGAUGAAGAGGUUGUCGUACCAAUCACUGAUUUAAGUGAGAAUGAUAUUGUUACAAUUCACGAUUCAACUCCUGCAGUCGAGGAUGACCCGCGAAAGACAUCAUAUGCAUCCAUAGUAAUGAAAAGUAAAACAGCAUCUGGUCAUGUUUAUGUUCCCAACCGAGCUGCAAGAGUGGCGUCUGCUAAAUCAAAUGAACAAUGGCAUGCUACCGCAAAAUCUACUCCUAGGCAUGAGGCAUUUGCUCCUAGUAGUGAUAGUACACAAGGGAGUAGUGAUGUUCCUGAAGCAGCUGAAGGUCAUUCCAUAUACAUAAGGAACUUGCCAUUUAAUGCAACAAUUGAACUUCUUGAUGAGGUUUUUAAGAAAUUCGGUCCUAUUAAGCACGGUGGAGUCCAAGUAAGAAGCAGUAAGCAUGGUUUUUGUUUUGGCUUUGUUGAAUUUGAGGAAUUGAGCUCUGUGCAGAGUGCACUUAAGGCGUCACCUAUCACUGUUGGUGAGCGACAGGCUGUAAUUGAGGAAAAGAUAUCCACAACACGAGUGAGCGAUGGAGGAAGAGGGAGAUAUCCUUCAGGAAGAGGUGGUUUCCGAAACGAGGGUUUCCGGGGGCGCGGGAGAUUUGGUGGUGGACGAGGUUAUGGAAGAAACGAAUUCAGAAACCAAGGGGAAUUCUCAGGACGGCCUAGGAGUUCUCAUCGUCCAAGUCAAAAUGGAGGUGGGCGUGGUGGACGUGCAGGGAACCAUAAUGUUACACCAUCUACUUCAGAGUGA